UCUGCAAGGUCAUUCGAUUCUUUUAUCUUUAUAGACUUUGUACGUGCGGUUCGAGGCAAGACGCAGUUCAGGUGAAAUUGCCAGUUAGGAAUUAGGUCAUGAUGAGUGUUUAGAAUACAAAGAAAGUGCAAGAAGUUCUGUCAAAGCCAAAGCGUAACAAACUUUCGAGCUGUCAUAACCUAACUUUUUGGUAUUUGGCUAAUAAUUGGGACUUGGGGGGUUACUGAGACUUGUGAUUAAUUAAAAUGUGGUGGUUGUGGAAAAGUACGAAUAAUUUACCUGAAGCCACGGGGCCUUUUACGCCGGGCUGCAUGGACGUCAUGCUCGACUAUAGCCACGAGGGCAUUUUCAUGCGUCUCUACUACCCCACAAACGAGGCCAAGAAAGAUCCAAGGAAUUUCCACCGUUGGGUCCCUUGGAUCCCCUCAGCGAACUACUUUAUAGGCCUUUCAAAAGUGUUAAUGAUCUUUCCUUUCAUAAUCCGAUUCGUGUACUGGUGGUGUCACACAAACAUCGUCCCCGCCUUAUAUGGAAGUCGCCCGAAAACCGACCAAAAACUGAAAUGUAUUGUCUUAUCUCACGGUUUGGGUGGUUACAGGUCAUUGUACAGCAACACAUGCUGCGAAUUAGCCUCGAGAGGGUUUUUAGUGGCGGCUUUGGAGCACAGGGACGGCUCCUCCUGUUACACCUACUACUACAAAUCGGAGGAAGACGCCCGAAAUCAGCGCCCGACCAACAUCGAGUACGAGCCCUUUGUCUUGGGCAAAACGCACCACAAGCAGCGGAGGCGCCAGGUGGAGCACAGAGCCAAGGAGUGCGGAAAAGUCGCCGACUUUUUCGCUGACUUAAACAGCGGGAAAGUGCCCCACAAUGUGAUUUGUGACGUCCCCACACGGCGCCAAAUUGACUUCGAUUUGGCCGAUUUUGUCGGAAAACUGGACUUGACAACGCUCACAAUAGCAGGACAUUCGUUCGGCGGAGCUACGGCCCUUUUGACUUUGGACCAAAGAAGGGAGUUCAAGCACGGGAUUUUGCUGGACCCUUGGAUGUAUCCGAUCAAGGACGAGGGUUUGGAGGCGAAAAUAACCCAACCUUUGAUUUUUAUCAACACUCAGACGUUCCACAUCAUGAGCAAUGUCAGUUCCAUGGCGAAAUUCCUAACGAGCGACGACCGGACAAUGUUCACGAUUUUGCAUACUACUCACGAAAAUCAGACUGAUUCGGCUCUAGUUGUGGGUUAUUGGCUCAAUUGGUUCAUGAAGAAGUUGGACCCUUUGGUUGCGCUCAAAAUUAACAAUAGUCUAAUUCUCGAAUUUUUGGAUAAGUGGGUUAAAUGUCCGAGUGAUGUUAGCGAUUGUCGGGAGUAUCUCCAGGAGCAAGGAUCGAAUCUAGAACAAGGUCUUACUCGCCCUUGGCUUUAAAUUAAAAAUUGUUGCUUUAUUGUUUAAUUAAUAAACGUUGAUUUGGUUUA